AUGACGAGUCGAAAAACGCCUUCUUAUCAGUUUCAAUGGCCAAACCCGGACGCUUUUAUCAUCAAAAAUCCGAACUUUGGCCUAGCUGGACCACAGCAGUCCACUCUUCAGAAAAUUGUUGGUUUAUAGGGGUUUUGAUGUAUUUUAGGCUUGAAUUUUAAAUUUUUUAAUUUAAAAAAAAAAUUUUUUGAAAUUUCAAAAAUUUUUAAAAAUUCAAAAAUUUCAUAACGACUCAAUUUCUAGACAUUUCAAGAAAUAUGUUCCUACAUAGAAUGCGAAGAUGCAUAUCACUAUUGUGAUACGCCGAUCCGGCCCAAAGGUCAUUGCUGUGACAUAUGUGGAACGAUGGCAACAUUCUCACAACAAAACUUUAAUUAUGAUCGUGCUCAACAAGCACUAAGAGAGUUUGAAGUCAAACAAGAUAAUAAUACUGGGUUUUCAUUGAUUCGAAUCAAGGAUUUUGGAAAAAUGCCAUUGUUUCAGGUAAGUAGCAUUUAUAAUAAUAUUAAUUUGUGUUUGCCUUAUCCCAGAGCCCUAGCCCAGAGCCCUAGCCCAAAGCCCUAGCCCAAAGCCCUAGCCCAAAGCCCUAGCCCAAAGCCCUAGCCCAAAGCCCCAACCACAGACGCACCGGCAAAACCGAUUCGGUCCGGCCGGUCCAAAUGUUUAGCGAGAAACUUGUAUGAGACGGACCUUCACGAAAGUUAUUUAUUUUUUAAGAGUUCAAACCAUAAGCUAAAAAGUUAUUUUCAAUUUUGCAAUUUUUGAAAAUCCGGACCGGACCGGUCCGGCAAAACACUGGCCUUAGCUUUAGCUCUAGUUCUAGCUCAGACACCCUAGUCCCAGCUUAUCCAAAUUCUAGCCCAGUCAUAGCUCUAUCGUUAUUCUUAGCCCAAUUGAAGCCCUAUUCUUAUUCUAACCCAGUACUAGACAUAGUACUAGCCCAGACCUGGUUAUAAUUCUAGCCUAGUUCUAGCCCAGCCUUAUUCUAGCUUUGAACUAGCUUUAUCUUUAGCCUUUGCCUUAGCCUUAGUUUUAGCCUAGCCACUACAGUAACCAUUUUUUAGCUAAGUGUCAUUCCGGACAAAAAUGAAAACUUUGAUGCUGACAAAUACCGUCAUUUACUGUAUGAAGUUUACUAUGUUGUUCAAGAAGGUAAGAUAUUUAUUUUGCACUGCAUAUCGCCUCGUUUUAGUCCAAGAAACGCCUACUCAAUUCCAUUCAACUCGAGUUGAAGUUGGAUUUUCUCAAUGGAAAGCCAGCUCAUUCUUUGGUAAGGCUUAUUUUAUCGAAAAUAAAAAAAAAUAGUUUUACGAAAUAUAAUGCAGUGUACAAAAAAUCUAAAAUCGACUCAAGAUGCCAUAACAAACCAUAUUAUUAACUAAAUUUCCAUUUAUUUCCCAAAUAAAACCAAAAAACUCAUAAAACGAAUGAGAAACUAGUGCGAAAAGAGAGUGGUCAGAGAAAGGGAGAAAAGAAGGGAGCUCUCUUCUUUUUCGAGAGAGCUCUCUUUCUGUUUUUGGGGAACCCCAUUCGAAAGACAACUUUUGAUUUUAUAUAACAAAAGGAGAGAUCCGGUUCUUUUGACUUACUAAAGUCCAAUUGAGGUUGGUACUUGAUUCAGCUCAUCCAAAUGUGGCUGGAAAUUAAAAAUUUUGGAAUGCUCGAUCUUUUUAGGUUGGGUGGAUAAAUUUGCUGUGAUUCGUUUUUUAAGCGUAUUUUACAAAAAAAAAAAUCAAUUCAGUGUUAAAAAAAGGCAGGUCUAUAAUAUUUUUUCAGACCAGCCUUGUCUAUUUUAAAUUUUGACAAGAUUUAAAAUAUUUUAAAUUUUUCCAAUUUUCAGCAAAGUUCAUCAACUUUUUGGUAGUAAUAUUCAUUGCCAGUGUCGUUGGAGUUGGUAUACUCAAGUACGAAGUUCAUAAGAAUCAAAGACUUCGAAGUUUUAUAAAUCGAAGACGUUUGCCACUUCAAACGGUUUGGUAUCGUGGUGAUGAGGAUGUUGAUCUUAACUUACCGACCACUCAAGUGGUCGAUAGAAGGUUGGGCGCUGAAGGUCAUGUUGAAGUAAGAACCGCUUUUUGUUCGAUUUUUAUGUUUAAAUUUAGAUUUUAUAGCCUAUGAAUUGCUUUUUAGUGUAAAAUACGGUGUGUACAGCCGCUAGACAGUUUUUAAAAUAUUUUUUUUAAUUUUUAAAAAUAUUUUUAUGUUGUAAUUUUAAUGUCAUUUUCAGUCCGAUACCUUUGUGAAUCCAGUAUUCGACUUUGAAGAUCCUGAAAAGGUGCCAAAAGCUGAAAAUGAUGAAAAUAAAUUAAAUUUCGAAGACUCGGAAGUAAAAAUGUCAAGUCUGGUCGAUAUUGACACUUUGUAA